AUGGAGAAAAAUGAAAACUACAUAGUACACAAACCCAAACAGAACUUCAAUUAUUUCUUCCCCCAAUUUCACACUCAUUCGAUCCACCCCAACUCACGCCGGCCCGCCCUCCCCCUCUUUCCCGACCCACUCGCGGCCGCCGGCCUCCUCGCCGUGACCCUAAUCGGCGCCGGCUCGCCGGAAUUUAUCCUCAGCGGGAAAUUCAGUAGCGCGCGGGCCCCCCUCAUCCCGUACGCGGCCCUGUCGUACGCUCGGGCCGCGUCCUCGGCCGUCUCGUACGUCCCGAGCCACACGCGGGACCCGUUCCUCGCCGGAUCCCUUAUCUCCGCCGCGAAUCGCCCCCACGGCCGCCGCCUCACCCCUCUGUACCGCCGCCACCCGGCGUCCGCCUCCGAUUCCCGGGGAGGGCCGGCCGGCGACGGGUUCUCGAACAUUAUUUCCGGCGGCGGCGGCGCGGAAUCGUCGAUUAAAUACGCUCGGAUGGCUUCGAGAAGGGCUACGUUGGCUUCGGAUUCGAACAUUUUAAGAACUUUGUUGUUGGGAGUAUUCAAAUUUGGAGGGAUUAAUUAA